AUGCUCUACUCUCAAAAGAGGGGGUCGGACCGGCCCCCGCUCCCCGUCGAGGGAAGCUCCCCGCAGCUGCUGGACCACAUGGUGGGCAUCUACUCAGCGGAGGAGCUCGCGUCUCUGAAGAAGAUCGACGUUGGAGUGCUGGAGCGGUACAACCGAGAGGUCGGGGUAAACGCGGGGGAGCGCCGCGAGAUCCCCCGCCGCCAUACGUCCCGGGUCGCGAUGG